AUGAAGCCUCUCCUUGUUGUGUUUGUCUUUCUUUUCCUUUGGGAUCCAGUGCUGGCAGAAAUGCACAAGAAAUGCUAUAAAAAUGGCAUCUGCAGACUUGAAUGCUAUGAGAGUGAAAUGUUAGUUGCCUACUGUAUGUUUCAGCUGGAGUGCUGUGUCAAAGGAAAUCCUGCACCCUGA